CCAGAUUCGGUUUGGCAGCGGAGCUUCAAUGCCUGUCAAUCGCUGUCCAUUGCUAGAACCCAUGCAUCAUUGCCCCGUUGUCGUUAAUUAGAAUCUUCAUAGGCAUGUUCGGUGAUCAAUUUGUAGGAAGAAUCUCCCUGGAUUUGGAAUGACGUUGUGGGUGAGCAAGAGACGUUUCUCGGAGGGCCUUACAAAAGAGCUUUCGCAUGCAACGACCAAUUGAGAAUCCGUUGCGACGCCGGGGUGGGAAUCAUCACAGCCACUCUCCUCGCUCUCCUCUGCUGCCUUUUGCUGCUUUCGAUCAGGAUUAUGGAGAUAGACCCGGCCAAAUAAGCCACGCCAAGCUGGUCUCUACGGCGCAGCGCACAACCUUACCAGCUGCCCUGCCGUCUGGUGUCUGUGUACCUCAGCCCCGGCGGGUUUUCCCCCCCAUGAGAACUAGACUCUGGAAAGUCCUCCUUACGAACGACGGACUCUCUACCCUCUUCAUCCUACUACCUACAUUGGUCCUUGUGCAUACCCUCAUUCUUCAUAACUGCCUCUUCGCUGUCACGAAGAGCCCCACGAACUCGCUACUCGAACACCGCGCGGCUGGAAGCAGCGGCCUCAAUACCCUCCCCAAACCACAUUCGGCGAGUUAUCCAUCUGUAGCUCGGAUUUAGCGGGUGCGACCGCUCUGGGCUGGUGUAGCUUGCUUGCGCUCCACUUUCUUUCCCACUCUUUCGCUUCUCUUCUGACUUCAUUGACCUUCGAGAGCUUCUGUGUGCACUUUUUUGGUUAUCGGACUGUGAGGGAAGGAAGAAGGAACAGACGGAACGCAAAGGGGUCAC